AUGUCGGUCGACUCUCGUGCUGGAGAUAUCGUUGGUACAAGCGAAAAGUACAAUCAGCAGGGGAUGUAUGCCAAACAUGAAGAUAUCCUCUUACGUCUGGACGGCGGUGACACAGAGGUUGUAACAAAUAUCAGCGCUACUGUUACACUCAGAUUCGAGAAAGGGGAGAAGUAUUCAAACGACAAUCGCACACGACGUGUCGAAUCUUUCAAGGUUCCAUCAUAUAACUGUGUCGACUUCAUUCUCCUCUGA